AUGAGCGCUUUCACCAGCGCUUGCUCAUCGUGGUCGGGGAGCUGUGAGCGCUCCAUGCGCAAUCGGGACCUCCCUGACGGAGAGGCCGCGCGCAUCUCCUCCGCGGGCAAGGGCUCGGGGGCUCGCAUCAGAAGACCCAUGAACGCGUUCAUGGUUUGGGCGAAAGAUGAACGAAAGAAGCUUGCUGUCCAGAAUCCAGACCUUCACAAUGCGGAGCUGAGUAAGAUGUUAGGUAAGUCAUGGAAGGCUCUGUCGGCCCUUCAGAAACAGCCGUAUGUGGAGGAGGCCGAGCGUCUGCGGGUGCAGCACAUGCAUGACUACCCCAACUACAAGUACCGCCCGCGCCGCAAGAAGCAGUCCAAACGUGUUCCAGGUGUCCUGCUCACCCUACCAGAAGUCCACAGUGCGCCCCCUGUUUUGGGCACAGCACCCGUUUUGGGUGAGGCUGAGGAGGGCGACUUCCCCUGUAGCCCCAGCCUCCCCACUAUCCGCACCUUCAAGGACCCGGUCUGCUCCAGCACUACGUUCGACCCCUACCCUUGCAACCUGCCCACUCCCCCAGAGGUGUCCCAAUUGGAUGCUGUGGCCAAUAGCCACUCCCCCUACUGCUCCUCCUCCUCCCCCUGCACUGAGCUCACCUGCCCCACUCAGAUGAGGGUGCUGCCCAUCUACCAUUCUGACUAUUAUGAGGGGUCCCUUCACGGUAUCGAGGUAAACCUUGGUCACAUUUCCCAUCACAACACCCUGACCUCCACUCCACCAAGCUGCCCCACUUCAGUUUCUUAUGACAGUUCCACACUCCCCCCACUCCAUCAUGGGCUCCAGGACCCCCCUGGGCAACCCUCUUUGCCCCCAGAGCACAGGGAUCUUGGCAUGCUGGAUGAGCUCAGCCAGGCUGAACUCCUGGGAGAGGUGGAUAGGGAUGAGUUUGACCAGUACCUCAACUCUACAAGCCCCCUUGAAGAGGGUGGGGCGAUAACUCCAGGGGACAGUCAGGUGACCCCAACUUCCACCUCCAGUGCCAGCCGCACCCUGGAAACCAGCCUUAUCUCUGUGCUGGCAGAUGCCACAGCAGCGUACUACAAUACCCUCAGCGUCUCGUAAACGUUGUCCAGCCUUUGACAAGAAUGUCAGCAUCCCCUAAACCCAAUCCAAGCAAGUAAGGCAACCAGCAUCUCCUAAACCCUGCUCAGCCCACUACAACAACUUCACCUUCAACCAAAUCCA